GGGAGGGGGAGUGCAGGGAGUUUAGUGCGGCGUGUGUAGGAAUGUGAGAGUGGAGUCCCGUACUAGAAGCCUCGAGCUGUAGGCCCCGUCCGUUCUCCGCUGGACGCUCUCCUGAGUGCGAGCAUUCACCAUGGCUACACAAAUGGUUAGCCAACCUAGUGGCAGCAACUUGUUUUGUAACAGUGUCAACUUUGGCAUCGGAGACAUGUAUGGCUUGCAUGACCUUUCCAAAGCAGAGAUGGCAGCUCCUCGGCUCAUCAUGCUGGCAAACGUUGCUCUGACUGGAGAGGUCAAUAGUGGCUGCUGUGAUUAUUCCUUAGACGAGGACAGACAAAUGGCUGAACUGACAACUGUGUAUGAAAAUAGCUUUUCAGACAGCGAAGGGGAAAGAAUGGAGUUAGAAGAGUCAAACCUAGUGAAUGAGCCAGGCAUCUUUGAGAGUAUGGUAGUGGAGCCCUCGGAAGUCCAAGAGCCGAUACUGAAUUACCAAGAAACCACCGCCCCAGAAACUAGCUUGGAGGUGGACCCAGAAAAGAAAGCCGAGGAGACCCCUCCUGCCAGAACUGAAGACAUAGCAAAAUGUGUAAAGAGCAAGCCUUUUAGGUGCAGACCUUGCCAGUAUAAGGCAGAAUCUGAGGAAGAGUUUGUCCAUCACAUUAAGGACCAUAGCGCUAAAAGGUUCAUUGAUCAUGACUCUAACAAAAAUGUGCAAGAUUCAGGCUCUUGUUCGCCUGAGGAAGUGGACUUUUCCAUGGGACCUAUCCGAUGUGACAGAUGUGGCUAUAACACCAAUCGAUUUGAUCACUAUUUGGCCCAUUUAAAGCACCACGACAAAGCUUCUGACAACGAGAGGGUUUACAAGUGCACCAUAUGUACCUAUACGACAGUUAGUGAGUACCACUGGAAGAAACAUCUCCGAAACCAUUUCCCAAGGAAUGUAUAUUCCUGCUCACAGUGCUCCUAUUUUUCUGAUCGCAAAAAUAACUAUAUUCAGCAUAUAAGAACACAUACAGGUGAACGACCUUAUCAGUGUGUCAUGUGUCCAUAUUCAAGCUCACAAAAAACUCAUUUGACCAGACACAUGCGGACUCACUCAGGUGAAAAGCCAUUUAAAUGUGAGCAAUGCAGUUACGUUGCAUCAAAUCAACAUGAAGUGACACGACAUGCCAGACAAGUCCACAAUGGACCAAAGCCUUUGACAUGUCCACACUGCAACUACAAAACUGCCGACCGCAGCAACUUCAAGAAACAUGUGGAGUUGCAUGUUAAUCCAAGACAAUUCCUGUGCCCUGUUUGUGAUUAUGCUGCAUCAAAGAAGUGUAAUUUGCAGUAUCACAUAAAGUCUAGACACUUCGGGUGUGCUGACAUCACGAUGGAUGUGUCCAAAGUCAAACUGAGGACAAAAAAAGGAGAUGCAGCAAGUUCAGACGUCAAUUUAAAUAAACAGGAAGAAAAUGAAAACUCUGAUGUUAAAAAUGAGCUUCCAGAAAAGAAAACUGAAGAAAAACCUAAAGCAGAUAAGGAAAAAUGUGUAAAGGUUACGCAAGCUGCCAGUCCUCCUGUUGAUCAGAUCACCACAAGAAGCCACAAGCCCACUUCUUCAAAAGCAGAAGAUACAACCCUUGUGAAAGGUAAAUGUGCUAAAAGGAAGUCGAAUGUGAUAGCUGAAAAGCCACUUAAGACAAAACAGACCCAAAAUACCAAUGCAAAGAAGAGGAGGUUGUCAGCGAAAAGUAAACAUAACCAUGAGGUUCCUAGAAAACCAAUCCGGGCUGAUAAAUCUGAGAAACGGAAAGUUGCUGUGAAGAAAACUGACCACAAGAAACCAAUAAAAAAUAAACACAAGAAGACUGCUUUAUCACCCAAAUCUGUUAUUUCAAAAACUAAAACUAGCAAGUCAUCAACUGAUAAGGAUUCUGAGGCCAUGACGUUAAAGACCCCUGUAGACCAGAACAAUGAAGUACCACCAGCAGAAAAUUGUCUUGAAUCUGUUACAGAGCCUGCACAGGAAGAUGUCCCAGAUAUCACACCAGUUAUAGAUGGCAGCAACCUGAAUGAGGAAAUUAACACAGAAGAGAGCCCAGUUAGUCAGGUAUCUGAACCCAGCAUUCUCAGUUCGGCCACCAUAGAAAUAACACCGGAGUCCGAUCAGUUUUCCUCGGAGAUGGACUCUGAUGUAAAUAAAGAUAAUGAGCUGGAGCCUGUAAUCAGCACAGUUACUGAUGAACCCGUUUUAGAGACUCAAAGAGCAACUGAUAUGCAGCCCUCAACCAUAUGUUCUCCAGCAGAAAAAUCUGAAUCCAUUCCUGAAGCAGCCUGUUGUCACGAGGAGAGUGUCUUGCAUUGCACUGACUCUGCAAGUGAGGAAUCUGAAAAUGUAAAUGAUGCUGCCUCAAAUAAUAGUAGUUCAGAAGAGAGUGAAGAUCUGGAGCAACCAAACCCAAGUGAAGCAGAACAAUUACUCCCUACAAUGAUUCCAGAAACUGUAACCGAUUGUGAUCCAAAAGAAACUGUAACCGAUUGUGAUCCAAAAGAAACUGUAACCGAUUGUGAUCCAAAAGAAACUGUAACCGAUUGUGAUCCUAAAGAAACUGUAACCGAUUGUGAUCCUAAAGAAACUGUAACCGAUUGUGAUCCUAAAGAAACUGUAACCGAUUGUGAUCCUAAAGAAACUGUAACCGAUUGUGAUCCUAAAGAAACUGUAACCGAUUGUGAUCCUAAAGAAACUGUAACCGAUUGUGAUCCUAAAGAAACUGUAACCGAUUGUGAUCCUAAAGAAACUGUACAUGCAUCAUGUGAGGCUAUGAGCCAUGAACCUGUGGACAUUGAGGAGGAUGAAGGAAUCCAUAGCCAUGAAGGCAGUGAAAUCAGUGACAGUAUUUCAGAAAGGAGUGAUGACUCUGGUUUAAAUGGUUUACAGUCUCCUCAAGAGACUCUAGAAACUCAGCCUCUUCUUGAAGUGCCUUCUGGGUCCACCAGCAUCUCUAAUGAAACUUUUGUAUGCAUUUUUUGUGAUCGUGCCUUCAAGAAAGCCGAAGAAUAUACAAAGCAUCUAAAACGCCAUUUGGUCAAUGUUUAUUACCUUGAGAAGGCAGCACAAAAUCGAUUAUAAGUUAAGAAAAAAAAGAAGGAUCCAAUGGACAUGAUAUUUAAUCUUUGGGUUCUUCCAAAAUGUUACAGCGUUCUUCAGGAUAGCUUGCAAAUGACCUAGUAUUCCCUUGUGGUGAAAGACAUGUACCAUUUAACACACAUUUUUUUACAGUUUUGGAUUGUAAUUUUUGGCAGUAUUCUAUGUAUGCAUCUAACAGUCCUGUUCAGAGUAAGGCCUGUUACCAUAAGCUGAGCUUUUUAUUGUAUAUAGCAAAAGUAAUCAUCAUUUCAACCAUGAAAACACCCAAACAAUACAAUAGAAUCACUGAUGGUAUGAAUUUCCGCAUCUAAAUCGUGUGUUUGUAAGUCUGGGAAAUAUUCCUACACUCAUCAUAGAUUCAUUUACUUCUUGAUAUGAAAAAUACAUAAAAUGUAUAUAACGAUAAGGUAAAUAUGUGUUUUAGAUCAUGAUAUUCUUUCCAACAGCUUGUUCACAUGUUCAGUGUGCUGGCUAAGUUCCCUUUGUUCUUUUUAAACUAGCGUUGAUCGACAGUAUAGAAAGUCGUUGGCACUUAUUUACUUUCCCUUAUAUUAUACAGUGAUCGCAAGUUUUUCAUAGAUGCAGUUGUUUGUGCGCUGUUUUACCCUCUCUUACAAGCAACAGGCAGAUACCAGUUUACACGAGGUUGUGCACCAGUGACAAACAUGAUUGUCAGCAUAAAAGACAAAAUCAGCAACAAAUGGGCAAAUUAUAAUUUGAUCACCACACAUGUUUAUACCAGGCAAUGAUUGUUCAGUUGGGUUUUGCCCUGUAGAAAAGGUCUUUAAAGGGAACCUGUCACCGGGAUUUUGGGUAUAGAGCUGCGGA